ACACAAAGCUGGCCUCCUGCUCCCCAGUCUCAUAACGACCAACCACCAACCAGUCCACCAUCAUGAAAUUCCUGGCUCUCGCGUUGACCAUCCUGCUGGUUGCAGGAACCCAGGCCCUGCCUAUGCAGGCAGAUGCUCCCUCCCAGCUGGAGCAUGUGAGGGCAGCCGUGUCGGUGUACUUGGCUCAGGUGAAGGAGACCGCACAGAGGUCCAUCGACCUUCUGGACGACACAGAGUACAAAGAGUACAAAGCACAACUGUCCAAGAGCCUUGACAACCUCCAGGUGUACGUCAAAACCGCCUCCGAGACCGCCGCCCCCUAUAGCGACGCCUUUGCCGCCCAGCUGACCGAAGCCACCGCCGCUGUCCGUGCAGAGAUCAUGAAGGAUGUGGAUAGCCUGCGCACCCAGCUGGAGCCCAAGCGCGCCGAGCUCAGGGAGGUCCUGGAGAAGCACAUGGAGGAGUACCGCCAGAAGAUGGAGCCCAUCAUCAAGGAGGUCGUGGAGAAGCGCCGUGCCGAGAUGGAGGCCUUCAAGAUCAAGAUGGAGCCCGUGAUUGAGGAGAUGCGCACCAAGGUGGCCACCAAUGUGGAGGAGACCAAGUCCAAGCUCAUGCCGAUCGUGGAGGCCGUCCGCACCAAGCUGACCGAGCGCCUGGAGGAGCUGAGGACCAUGGCCGCCCCCUACGCCGAUGAGUACAAGGAGCAGGUGCUCAAGGCCGUCAAACAGGUGCGCGACAACAUCACCCCCGAGAAAAUCCAGACCCAGGUGGGGCCCGCAGCCGAGGAGUUCAAGGAGAAGUUCCAGGCUCUGUUUGAGCAGAUCAAACAGUCUUUCACCGCAUAAACGUGCCCUGUAUACACCUGACCCCCUCUCUCUCACUCCCGUCCCCUUUCACACUCACCACCAAGCUAACACGGCGACGCCAAACUGGUGCACUUCCUCUGCACUGGCAUGGCAGGACUCUCGCUCUCUUUAACGCACCCCCACCUACCCACCUAUCUCUAACACACACCGCUGCAUGUAUUAAAUGUUUUUAAUUGUGCCGAGGACCUGUAUGCAGAAUAAUGGGCGUCCAUAAUCUUGACUGUACUAUAAACAUCAAGUGUGAAUAUUAUUGUGUUGCUGCUUGUCCAACAUAACACUGUGCUUUAAAAACAGCUCAAUAAACAUCUGACUGUUU